GAGGGGAGGCGGGCAGCGGGCGCCCCCUGAGGCAUGGCCAGGGGCAGGGCUGUCCUGCCUGGGGCACUGUUGGCGCUGCCACCCCCGCGGGGCGCGGGGCCUGUGUGUGCUGCACGGACGCGGCCUGGUCGCUCGUUAAAGCUGCUGCACAGUCGGGUGCCCCUAACAAGCAGGACACAGCUGCCCACAGGAGGCCCGUAAACGCCUCCGAGGCUGAGGGGGUGGGAUGGGUCCACACACCAACCUCACUGACGCCCCUCCCGCCCCCCCCCCAAGCCAGGGGAGAGCCGCCAGUUAUGGAGGAAGACUGGCUGGUGGGCGAAGGGGCCCCGCAGCUGAGAGCCCACGCCCACCGGCCGCCCCCGCCAGUGAGGACGGGAGGACUCAGGGCGGGCCGUCCCGGCUGCUGUCGUGUGGUCUGCGUGUGUGCAUGUGUGUGCACCCGUGUGGGUGUGCAUGUGUAUGAGCACGUGUACAUGCACGAGCGUGCAUGUGAGAGAGCAUGUACAUGUGCUCGCGCGAGAGUGUGCACGUAUGUGUGAUGUGUGAGCACAUGUAUCUGUGCGUGUGCGCACGUGUACAUGCGUAGGCAUGCGUGUGAGCGUGCAUGUGUGUGAAUGCCUGAAUGGGCUCAUGGGCGAGCAAGUCCCUCCCAGUAGCAAGUGGGGAGCCUUGUCCUCCCUGCUUCCCCCGCCCCGGCCCCUGCUUUUCCGUGAGGCCUGGGCUGGGCAGGUGGCACCGAUCCCUCCCAGGGGUGCGGCCUCUCGGGGAGCCACCUCCCUUCACCCUCCUGCGCCCUCUUUCCACCCGGAACAGGGGAGUCCUGGUGUCGGCUCUGGGUGCUGUCGCCCUCCAGUGGCAGGAGCCGCCCUAGGGAGGCACCGGGGACGGGAGCUCCCCUUCCCGCUUGGCCGCCCGUCUGCCCCCCCGCGGCCUCCACAGCCGGAUCCCCCGAACCCUCCUCCGCUGCUCCAACCCCAGCGCACCCCCUUCCUGCGAGUCCGCCCGCGGCUGCUCCCCGUGACCCACGGGCCAACCCGGGAGGACCAGGCGGCCACCGUCAUCCAGUGCGCCUUCCGGCGGCACCUGGCGAGGAAGGAGCUGGCCCUCCGGCAGCAGAAGCACGGGGAGUACCUGGAGCAGAUGGAGAAGCUGCAGAGAGAGGCCUUCCUGGCCCUGGUGCGCCGCGAGCGGGAGCUGGUGCGGCGCCGGCGGGAGGCGGAGGCAGAGGCGGAGCGGCGGCGGCAGGAGGAGCGAAGGCGCCAGGAGCGCCUGCUGGACGCAGCCUUCGACGGGAACCUGGGGGAGAUCGUGGCUGUCCUGCGAGAGGUGGAGGAGGUGCUGACGCGCGAGGGCGUGGGCCACGACGAGGCGGGCCUGGCGCGGCGGCGGCAGCGGCGCGUGGCCCUGCUGGAGUGCGAAGACUCGGGCGGGAACACGCCGCUGUCCGAGGCGGCCGUGGGCGGGCAGCCCCGGGCCAUCCAGCUGCUGGCGGAGCAGGGCGCAAGCCCCAACUGCAAGGGCGCCUUUGGGCGGACGCCGCUGUACAGAGCCGCCUUCGGGGGCCACCUGGAGGCCGUGGAGGUGCUCCUGAGGCUGGGAGCUGAUCCCCGGGUGUACGCGGACGACGGGAGCACUCCGGUGCAGGUGGCCUCGCUGGACGCCGUGGCCAGCGUGCUGCAGGCCUGGGACGUGAGCCUCACGGAGGCCAUGCUCCAGAACAUGGAGGCGGAGCGGCAGCGCCGGGCCCAGGAGGCCGAGCAGCACCAGGAGGCGGAGACCAAGCGGUGCGCCUGCGGGAGGAGGCCCCCCAGCCACGACCCCCCCAGGAGAUGCUCAGACCCGGCUGUUCCCUCCCACCGCAGCCUGAACCUCAAAGUGCAACAGCUGGCUAAGGAGCAGCAGCAGUGCCACAAGGAGCUGCAUCAGGCCUACUGCGAGCUCAACCGCAGGAUCACCGCGCACCACAAGUGCGAGCGGAGGGGCGCGGGCAAGACCGAGCUCACGCUGCAGGCCGUCAAGGACGCGGAAGCUCAGGUGGACCGGCUGCGGCAGGAGGCCCAGAAGGCGGAGGAGACGCUGGCCCUGGCGAGGCUGGAACUGCGGGAGCAGACCCAGGAGGGGGAGGAGGAGUUGCCGGGGCUGAAGUGCCAGGUCACCGAGCUGCACGACGUGCUAAUGAAGGACGUGGGUGACCGCAUCCGCGCCGACGGCCGGUGGCCUCUUGUCAUCGAUCCCUCAGGCCAGGCGGCCACUUUCCUGCGCUACCAGGACACCAACUAUGUGGACACGGUGAACCCAGACCACAUGCAGCCCGAGAGGAUUCGGUUGGCGCUUCUGGGGGCACUCAGGUACGGGAAGCCGCUGGUGUUCGACCUGCGGGAGGUGGACCUGUUCCCCGCGGUGCAGCGGCAGCUGGAGGCGGUGCAGCAGGGCCUGGCGCAGGAGCUGCUGAGCCGCAGGCUGCUGGAGCAGGACCGGUACCUGUCGCUGCUGAGGCCCACGGACGGGCCGGAAUACGGCCCCACCCAGUUCCAGGAGUCCCGCCUGGCGCAGUUCCGCCUCUUCUUUGUCACCCAGGUUCGGUGGCCCCCAGCUGAGCAGUUGCAGGUCCUGCUCCCGGUGCAGGUCCAGCUGCCCAGCGGAGGCCUUUAGCACCAAUAAAGCAAAGCCCCGGACCACCGCUGUGCCUGUGCCGAGCGGGAGGGAGCGUGCGCGG